CAAAGAUGGCGGCGUAGGGGUGUGUUUUGCGGCGUUUCCCAACACACAAAUUGACCGUCGUUCGCUGAAGUCCCGAGCAGUUCCGCUGUUUACAAACUGCAUGUCAAACCCGACGAAAAUCACCAGACAUGUCCCACUUCCUUCCCGAACUCGAACAAGAGUCCUUCAGUCCGGAGGACUUUGUGGAGCGCCUGGCAUGGCGCAGCCUCGGGGGCAACAUGGACCCCGAGACAUUUGACCCAAGUGUGCUGCAGGAGGCCUUCAAGCAGGGCAUCAGAGACCUCCAGCUUCUCUUUGAGAUGACCCAGAAAAAGUGUGAGCGACUCGAGAUGAUCUGCCGCGAGGAGGAGACGCGCCACUGCCAGAAAGUCUCUGAGCUACAGGACAAGAACAAGGCGUCGUAUGCCACCUACAAGGAACUGGAUGCACAGAUCGGCUACGUGGCCAUGAAGGUCGUUCACCUGGGCGAUCUUCUGGAGAGCGUCAACACGCCGCGCUCGCGAGCCGUCGAGGCACAGAAGCUUAUGAAGCAUUUCGCGGAGUUUCUGGGGCCGCCCGAACAGCAACACGGGCUGGCGUCGGCGAGCGUGCUUCACGACCCCAACAAGCUUCACGAGGCGGCGGACAUCAUUCAGAAACUCCACCUGAUUGCCCAGGAACUUCCAUCCGGGAAGUUUGACAAGGCCCGCCAGCGAAUUGCCCACAAGUACAACGAGAUCGAAAAGGCCCUGACCGCAGAAUUUGUGAGGGCACACCAUGAGGGCGAUAAGGAGGUGAUGCGGGAAGUUGCCGCCGUCCUGUCGCAUUUCAGGGGUUACUCAACUUGCGUGGACACUUUCAUCGACCAGAGUCAAAUGGGCGCUUUUCUGAAGAAGGACUUGUUUGCCGACAUUGUUCCGCUCUGCGAGCGCUGUGAGCAGAUCAUAGAGGAGGUUUUCACCAACCCUGAGCAGGUGAUGUGCAAGUUUGUCUGCAACAUCUACAAUGGCAAGCUGCAAGAAUACAUCCAGUCCAAUCUCAGUGACCGUAACGAUCCUGAGAAGUAUCUCAAGACGCUGUACGAGCUCUACUCCAAGACGAUGCAGCUGUCUGCAGACCUGUCCAAAUUCAGGAUGGGCAGCGACCCGGCCUUCCUCAAGAAGCUGACUCGGCAGAUCUUCUCCAAACACCUGGAUCCGUACCUGUCCAUCGAGACCCACUACCUCAAGGACAAGUGCACAAGCGUGCUAAACCGCUACUACGACUCGCGCAACCACCACAAGCGCCAGUUCCAGUUCGGCGGGAUCAACGACCUGAGGCGUGACCUUCAGGCAAGGCUAGGAGGCCGCUCCAAUAUUAACAUUGCGCCGACGGUGGAGAACUUUGGCGGAGAGACGUUCCUGUCCGAGGAAGUGGCCAUCAACCUCCUCCAGGAAAGCAAGCUGGCCUUCCAGAGGUGUCAGCUGCUAUCCAAGCCAACUGAGCUUCCAAAAAGCGUGGCCCAGCUCUUCGAGAUUCUUCUCAAUAGCCUGUGCAUCGAGCACAUGCACUAUGCACUCGAGAUUGGACUAAGAGCCAUUCCCGUGUCGGAUCCCAAGGCGGAGCCGGAGAUCUAUUUCUUUGACACGGUGCGACAGUGCAACUCCAUCUUCCAGCUCCUCGAGAAGCAGUUCAACAACAGCGUAGCUCCUCUACUUCUGUCAACACCAGAGCACAGCCUGUGCCUGCAGAAGAAGCGAGACCUGACGGAGCAGAUGGAGAUUAAAAUGGACACCGGGCUGGAUCGGUCACUGGCGGCCGUGAUCGGCUGGGUCCGAGGCUUGCUGCUGGCCGAGCAGAAAAAGACGGAUUUCAAGCCGGAAGUGGAGGACGUCAUAGAGACCACCAAGGUGGCUCUUAAAGUCGUCAAGUACCUGACAAAGUGCAUCGACAAGAUCCGCGAUUCCCUGGACGGGACCAACGUGGACGCCGUGCUGCUGGAACUCGGAAUGCGGUUCCACCGGACGAUCUACGAGCACAUCCAAACCUUCCAGUAUAGCACCGUGGGUGGCAUGAUCCUGAUCUGCGACCACAACGAGUACCGCAAGUGUGCCAAGCAGUUCAAGAUCCCGGCCCUGGACAAGAUGUUUGACGUGCUGCACGCCCUCUGCAACUUGCUCGUGGUGGCGCCGGAAAAUCUCAAGGACGUUUGCCGGGACGACCAACUGGCAAGUCUAGACAGAAGUGUGCUCGUCAAUUUCGUUCAGCUGAGGAGCGACUGCAAGGUCCAUAAGCUGGUCAACCAGUUCCGGUGAACGAGGCUGCUCAAUAAAGAGGCUAUAACUUAUUCAUUACCAAAGCAA